GCCGUCUCCGCGCGCCUAGUGGCGCAGAGGAAAGUAUUUUGUCUCCUAAAAGGAAUUCAACUAAAAGAACAAAAUGUUUAGAUGAGCGGCCAUCCAUAAUCAAGCUCGGACAAUCAGCCAACCCUGAUUGGACUUUCUUCCUCUCAAACAAGUUGCUGCCUGCAGCUGCUGUGGGAGCUGGAGUCGCCAUGGAGACAGUGGUGAUCGUGGCAAUUGGGGUGUUGGCCACCAUUUUCCUGGCCUCCUUCGUCGCCCUUGUGGUGGUGUGCAGACAUCGCUACUGCCACCCUCACCACCUGCUGCACCCCUUCGACACCAAACCCACAGUGGAUCUGAUUGGAGCCAUGGAGACCCAGAGCGAGCAGUCGGAGCUGGAGCUGGACGAUGUGGUCAUCACCAACCCGCACAUCGAGGCCAUCCUGGAGAACGAGGACUGGAUAGAGGACGCCUCUGGAUUGGUCUCUCAUUGUAUCUCAAUCCUAAAGAUUUGCCACACUUUGACUGAAAAGCUGGUUGCUAUGACAAUGGGUUCAGGGGCAAAGGUCAAGGCACCGGCAAGCUUGAGUGACAUCAUCAGUGUGGCCAAACGCAUCAGCCCGAGGGUGGACGACGUGGUCAGGUCCAUGUACCCGCCUCUGGAUCCAAUCCUCCUGGACGCCAGGGCUACAGCUCUCCUUCUUUCAGUCAGCCACCUGGUGCUGGUCACCCGCAACGCCUGUCACAUGUCCGGCAGUAUGGACUGGAUCGACCAGUCACUCAACGCAGCCGAAGAUCACAUGGUGGUUUUGCGUGAGGCGGCACUGGCCUCUGAACCGGAUCGAUUCAUACUCGGACAUGAUGCACAAAGAGAACAGGCCAUUUAGACAUCUAAACACAGAAACGGACAUAAAAAUGAAGGGCAUGAAAAUAUGUCAAUUUUCUGCCGUACUCACUUGAUAUUGAAUAUGAGUGUUGGAAAGGCACGAUUCACAAACUCACCAUCAAACCCAAAUGAUUAAGGUUGCGCUGAUUGAUGCAGGGACUCCUCAUUUUUACAUUUCAACUUUAGAAAAAGCACCUUGGAAAUCGUUUCUUUAUCACAUCUUCACCAAAAACAGCAUACAAUGUGUGCCUUCACUCCAGCUACAUAAUGGCUGCAAAGACAUUAGGAUUCAGGUAGUUUUCAGUAUGUAACCCUUUUCUAGAGUUGGUCUGUUUUAGAUGCCUGCAAGUAAAAGGCCUUUGGAAAUGUCUUUCUCAAGUGCGCCAUCACCCAGCAGUGGGCCUAAAUCCAAUCUUGCCAGCACUGCACAGUCACAUGAAGGCUUAGUCAGCUAAUCCAUUCUGAGAAAAAUAACAUCCAGUUAGCCAGUGAACCCAAAGGGGCUCCUACUCAGUGGACCAAUGGAAGAACAACCUUACCUAUUUACAAUUUGUCGAGCUCACACAUGACUUGUGGUUGCUCUAAAUCUAAAACAUCCCUCAGAUCGUCUUACCUAACUCAGAAAUCGCCGGUUUGAGAGUUGUAAUCACACAACAGCAUCAGUUUUAGCCACGUCAGCAACACAGGAGGUUUUUUUUCCACUCGAGAAAAGCCCAUUUGUCCCAUUGCUGCAUUGUAUUAGGAUUAAUUGAGGCUGUGAUGGAUGAAUAACCACCACUUUGGUGCACAUAGAAAUAUCUACUCCCUGGAUUAGGAUACAAAUGUGGACAGAAUAUCAUGGUU